AUGGCUUUUGCUACAAGGUCGCGGCGCAAGACUGCAGGCAGCAACGAGGGCGACAGGGGCAGAUCCAGAGGCCGCUCUCGAACCCGGCGCGAGCAGCCUAAGGGUCGAAAUCAGUCGAGCCCCCCGAAACGUGGUUACUUCAACGGCAUCAACGACGAGAGUGAAGAUGAAGUCCAUAGCAGCAAGCAGUUAGUGUUGCAUACCAACCGUUCAGUUCCGCACCAAGCACAGCCAGAAGCAUUCUGCUCCCGUUUCAUCAACCCAGCAGACAUCCCUGCAGUCACAGGAGAUGAAGAGGAAAAAGACUCUUCCCUCUCCGAGUACGAGUCGCCAGAGAGCGCCAACGAGUGGGAGGACCUCUCACCGCAAACCCCCACCGCAAACUCGCCAUCGUACCCCUUCCCAGGCACCUGGUCCGCUGCUCUUCAAGACUCCAACAAAGCCAUGUCCAAGGUCGGCAGCGCAACCCUCUCGUACGCCACGGCUCUCGCCACCUCUGGCAUGGGCAAAGCCACCCUGAGCAUCAGCGCCGCGGCUCUCUCCACCACCAACAAGUACGCCGCCUCGCUCACCAGCUGGGGCCUCGCCAAGUCCGGUUUCGGCCGCAACGAGCUCCCCGCCCCGAUCUGCAAGUGGCUCAAGAAGAAAGAAGACGCGGACAAGAAAAAGAACAAGGCACGCAAGAAGAGUGAGGCGGUUCAGCGCGAGUUCACCGAUGAGAGGGGCAGGUAUGUGCUUGAUAUGCAUGAUACGGAUGCUGAGGGCGAUUUCGUACGUGGGGCAAAGGUUAAGGCGACUGAGGUUGGAGAAGAGGCGGGUUGGGGUGAGCAGGAGAUGAAGGGUGGUGGUCCUUUUGAUGAUCGGUUUGCGAUUGCGGAUAGCGAUGAGGAGAGCGAGAGUGAAGAGAGUAAUAGCGAGGAUGAAGAAGAUGCGGGCGAAGGUGAUGGUUUGGUCAGGAUAUUUGAGUUUGAUGACUGA